CGCGCUUCUUCUCGCCCCCGACGCGAAGCGCUCGAACUCGACCGCGUUCACCAUGGGCGAGCGCAAGGUUCUGAACAAGUACAUCCCCCCGGACUUCGAUCCGUCGAAGAUCCCGCGGGGGAAGAAGAAGGAAGGGCGCGUGAACAACGCGAUGAAGGUGCGGAUGAUGCUCCCGAUGACCGUGUGCUGCAACACGUGCGGGAACUUCAUCGUCAAGGGGACCAAGUUCAACUCGAGGAAGGAGGACGCGGUCGGGGAGGAGUACCUGGGGUUACAGAUCUUCCGGUUCUUCUUUCGGUGUAAUCGAUGCUCGCAAGAGAUCAGCAUGAAGACGGAUCCGAAGAACUCAGACUACGUCGUCGAGAGCGGCGCGUCGAGAAAUUUCGAACCGUGGCGAGAGAAGGACGCGCUCGAGCAAGAGGCGGACGAAGAGCGCGAAGCCGAGGAAGAAGGCGACGCGAUGAAAGCGCUGGAGAACCGAACCGCGGAGAGCAAGCGCGAGAUGGACAUCAUGGCGGCUCUUGACGAGAUGCGGUCGCUGUCGAACCGCCAGGCGAAAGUCUCGAGCGCGGAUGCGCUCUCCGCGAUUCACGCCAAGCUCGACGCGGAACGCGUCGCCGCGGAGGAAGCGGAGGAGGCGAAGGCGAGGGCGGUGUUCGAGGAGGCGCAGAGAGCGAGCGCGGGGUUCGUGCGGCGGUUGGAGUCGUCGAGCGACGAUUCGGACGAGGACGGGAAAGGGAAAGGGCUUAAAGGGAGCGGAGGCGGCGCGAAUAAAAAGCCGAAGACGGCGACGGCGGCGACGGGGCUCUUCGGCGGCGUCUUCGGCGGCGCGUCCGCGGUCGUCGCGAAGCCCAAGCCGAAGAUGGUCGUCGUCAAGGCGAAGCCGAAGCCGAAGCCCGCGGCGGCGCCCGCGGCGGAGGAGAAGAAGGAGGAUUCGGACUCGGGAGGGGGCGGGGGAGCGUUAGCGGGCUUGCUCGGCGCCUACGGAAGCGAGAGUCCGUCGUGACGACACAUAGAUCAACUACGCGAUUAAAUUACUACAGCGCGAGAACUC